AUGGAGCCAUCGAAGUGCAAAGAGAUCCACUACGACGCCGACCUCCCCUCCGCCUCCGUCAUCAUCAUCUUCACCAACGAGGCCUGGACGCCCCUCAUCCGCACCAUCUGGUCGGUGCUGACGCGGUCGCCCUCCAGGUUCCUCAAGGAGAUCGUGCUCGUCGACGACUUCUCCGAUAGAGCUGCUGAACUGGGCGAGAAGCUGGACCUGUACCUGAACCUGUACCUCCCCCCCCUGGUGCGGCUGGUGCGGCUGGGGGAGCGCCACGGGCUGAUCCGGCGCGGCUGGCGGGCGCGCGGGCGGCCUCCGGAGACGUCCUCAUCUUCCUCGACUCUCACUGCGAGGCCAACGAGAAGUGUCUCUGUUUAUAAUACUGUUGCUUAG